GUUUUCUAAUAUUUUUAUUAGAUAUAAUGACAUCUCAAACACCAAAAAGGAAAGAGAUUUAUAAAUAUACUGCACCAUGGGUUGUGUAUGGAAUGAACUGGAGUGUUCGUCCGGAUAAAAGGUUUCGUUUGGCUCUUGGUAGUUUUAUUGAAGAAUACAGCAAUAAGGUACAAAUCAUACAGCUGGACGAACAAGGGGGUGAGUUUGCUGUGCAGGCAACCUUCGAUCAUCCUUAUCCAACUACAAAAAUCAUUUGGAUACCUGAUGAUAAAGCACAUUAUCCCGACCUUGUUGCGACUUCAGGCGAUUACUUGCGUGUCUGGAGGGUUGGUGCUGACGAAGUGCGAUUAGAAGCUUUGUUAAAUAAUAAUAAAAAUUCAGACUAUUGCGCACCAUUGACGUCAUUUGAUUGGAAUGAAAUGGACCCGAACAUCCUAGGAACAUCAAGCAUUGACACCACUUGCACGAUAUGGGGAUUAGAGACGGGCCAACCUUUGGGAAGAGUUCAAGGCCAUGUAAAGACGCAAUUAAUCGCACACGAUAAGGAGGUGUAUGACAUCGCGUUUAGUCGUGCAUGUGGUGGCAGAGACUUGUUUGCAUCAGUGGGUGGAGAUGGUUCGGUGAGAAUGUUUGAUCUCAGGCACUUAGAACAUUCCACUAUUAUUUACGAAGAGCCUCAACACACUCCUCUGUUGAGAUUAGCAUGGAAUAAACAGGACCCGAAUUAUUUGUGCACGUUUGCGUUGGAUAGCUUGGAGACAAUCAUCCUGGACAUGCGUAUGCCGUGUACACCUGUCGCGCGGUUAAGUAAUCAUCGCGCGGCUGUUAAUGGUAUCGCCUGGGCACCACAUUCAUCGUGUCAUGUGUGCACAUCAGCGGACGACCAUCAAGCUCUAAUAUGGGAUAUUCAACAAAUGCCACGCGCUAUCGAAGAUCCCAUUUUGGCUUACACAGCUGAGGGGGAGAUCAACAACGUGCAGUGGGCUUCAAAUCAACCGGACUGGAUUGCGAUAUGUUACAAUAAGAACGUGGAAAUAUUAAGAGUAUAAUAGCACUGGUGAAGUGAACCAAGCUCCACCAUGGAGUGUAAAUGGGUGAUGCAGUGGAAUGACCUGUGCUACACCGUGUCAAAGUUCUGUAUAUUCCAGGGCAGAUUUAAGUACGUUGUAUCUUCAGGAACGCCAGCAUAAAUUAUCCACCAAGAAAACGUAUCUGUCGAAGCAGAUAAUCAUCGGAGCUGGUCCUCAUUUUUACCUUGAUGUAAAUAAUUGUAAAUAAUAGAUUUAUUAUGCGGAAAAAAAAUCAUUCAGAAAUUCA